AUGUGGAAGGUAAACGCCCUCCACAAAGUCAAAGCGCAUCAGUCUCUCGAUGAAUGGACCUCCGAAUUUGAUAAGAUGUGCCGGUUUGGGAAUCAUCAUGCUGAUGUCGGUGCUAAAAAACCUUCUGGCGGUGAAGGAUACCUUGGUCACCCGCAGCCUUCUGCGGAGGACCGAGAUAGGUUGGAUCCCGACAUCAAAUUGUCUCGUGCUGUGUGUCAGCUAGCGGCGAAAGUGCUUCCUAGUUGGCCGCGCCUAGACCUCAGUGAAGUUUCCUGGACUAAGCCGACGGUCUCAUUUGCUGUGAAUUCGACGUCUACUAGGUGCCAGUGGACGAUAAUUCAGAAUGCACAGUUGGCUUCCUCCCCAGGAUUUUGGAAAUGCACGGCCUGCGGCAGAGUCAGUCGAUCUCCCACCGACGGCCCGCCCCCGUGUGCUCCUCUGUGUCAGCCGAUCUCGGGGCUUGAAGCUGGUGCGCUUGAGAAAAGGGGCCACUCUUGCAUUACGUUGUCGUGCUAUGAUCAGGCCUCGUUGGUUGUGUGCACGAAGUGCUUCUGCUACUCUUCUCAUGGCAGAGUGGCUGGGCUGGGUGGAAGGUGCGUGGGACCGACCAGGUCUACUUUUUACAAUAAUUGGUGGCCCAUCCGCAGAGGACGGCACCCCAAGCGCCCAGAGGUCACAGUGGAGCGUGGCCCCUGGGGAAGGCACUCUUUUGGUUUUGUCCCAGACGCGGAGGAGGAGGAGGUCCCCGCCCCGUCGUCUGAGCCUCCCCCCACCUCGGCCUCGGAGGAGGAGGAAGCGCGAGGGAGACGCCGUGCGGCCAUCGCACGACGUCUCCUGGCUGCGGCGAGUGGUCCACCGAGGGGCCCGCCGUCGCUGUCUCAGGCCACUGGCCACGUGUCGCAGGAGGCCUCGCCCGCUCUUCAGGAGUUGAAGGCGAAGGCCCUUUUCGUCUCGAAGCUGCCGCAUCGGGAUGAGGGCGAUUCCAGUUCUGACUCACGCCUGGGGGAGAAGCGGUUGGCCACGGGGAAUCCUCCAGCCAGCUGGAGAUGUCCAUGUGGCUUUCCGCCUUUCCUCUCUUUGCAGGUGUUUGAAUUUUGCUGGCUCUGGCCAGCCUGCCUGCCCUAA